UUUAAAUCUGUUAAAAGUCGGGGUUGUCCUCUGUUUAUCACGAUCACCGAAUUAAGUGAAAGGAGUCAAAGCUGCGCAGCCGAUUGUUUGUUUGCCUUUUUCUUUUUCAAGCAUUAUGGGAUCAAGUGAGAGCAAGAUGACAGCUGCAACAAAAGCAGAACCAGUCCUCAAAAAAACUCACGUCAGUCGUUUGAUAGACCCACGCUCUCCCACAGCCGGGGUUGACAGAACACCAAUUCAGGUUUGUGAGCAGGAAUCUAAAACCUCUGAGGUGAAAAGUGAGUGUCCUCUUGCCGUGAACGAUCCACGCUCUCCCUCGGUUGGCAUUUCCCGCACUCCUAUGAGAGAAGUCAUGAGAUUGACAGUUGGGUCUUUUGCUCGACGCCUGGGCAUGUUGUUCCACAACGAGGCUGAAGGGAAAGUCCAUGAAGACCCUCCAAAAAGCUCUGAUUCUGUGGAAGAGGUCCUUGGRAAUGAAGAGCUGGCUUCCACUGUGCCCCUCCUUACUCCUCAGUCUGCGGACAAUUUUGACUCGCUGGCCGAACACGCUAACCUCCUGGCCACCCCUGUUCAGCUCCCUCUGCAGAUCGGCAACUCAAGCCCCUUCGUGCUUCUGGAGCAGGUGGAGGUGGAGGUAGAAACUGAACCUGAUAUUAGUUUGGAGGAGGCAGAGGAAGCGAGAGAGUCCCCUCUACACAAGAGGCUGAGCAUGAGUCUGAUAACGUGCCACGAGGGCGCAACUUCAACUCAGAUCUUUGCCGAGGUUCAUCAAGAAAACACCGCUUCCCCAGAACCUACGGCAGAUGUGGAACCACUCAGCAAUGGUGUGGAUCAUUCAUAUGCCCUUCCUGCUAUCGCAGUUGAACCAGAGCCUCGUAAGACUGUGGAGAACUCUCCAGUUCCCCAAGAAGCAGGGAAGCUACCAUCUGAGGAAACCACAGGCUCUUCAUCGGAGCAGGUGAAGACGUAUGUAGGCAUCCGCUGCCCCACCUUUGACACAAAAAGCCCAAGUCAGCUGGAGUUUAAGCCACAGUGGUUGGGAAAAGGCUUUGGCGCCACGGGGCUGAGAGCCAGAGGGGUGCAAGGGAACGCAGGCAAGUCCCCUCUGGCUUUACGUGUGGCUGUGAAGAACGCAACCAAUGAAAACAAGGGACCAUCUGGAAAACUAAAACAGAAAGAUUCUGAGGGACGUUCACCUCUGCAGAUCCUCAACUCUCCUCGAGACCAGCGUUCUCAGAUGAAUCUGAAAGUGUCCAACCUUGACAAACAGAGGCUUGGACAGAUGGACCGCAGAGUGCUGGCAGUGUGUCUGGAUAAGGAGAACAGAUGAGCGUCCGUGCUCAGCAUCGAUCACCCUUUACAUUUUCUUAAAUGUGCUGUUAAUUAUAAACUGAAAUUUAAAAUGUUUGGGUUUUUUGUAUAUUGAGUUUUAACUGCCAGAUGCUGAGGCUUUCUGCUGUUUGUGUGAUCAGUUUGUAAAUGUAAAAACUGUACAUACUUGACGACAAGUGAACCUUAUUUUGUUCAACUUUUCCAUUUUAAAUGUGCACAAAAUUUACUCUUUUCUUCUAUCAACUAAAUAAAAGUUUGACUCUAUACUCUUUAA